CCGGUUGGGAUACGGUUAUUUAUGAUAUGGAAAUGUGCCUUUGGCAUAAAAAUCUAGGGGAACGAGCGCACACACGAAAGUGAUAUAGUGUACUAUUCUACAUGUUGAAGUGUAGUACUUUUACACCCUAUGCUGGCUUAGUGCACGGAUAUAGGAAGAAGUGGGAUAUUUGGGAUUGAACCGAGGUGUGCGUCUGGGUGUGUCUUUCUACACUCAUCAAACUGACAAGAUCAUGACCAAACCUGCUUCCUGGCUGUGACUUGAGAGAUACAGACGGUUUACAAUGGAUUUGUACAAUUCGUGGUUGAUUUUGAUAUUUCUAGCACAGACUGGUUUCUGUUCUAGUGAACUUGAGAUGCCUGCAGAGUUGAGCGGCGUGAGGGGUAAAAGCGUGAAUUUCACGGCAUCGAUUCCUCCCUUGACUGCGGUCGAGACGGUUGCGUGGGCCUUCAUCCCUCUAACCGGUCCCUCUGUUCCCAUCUGCACGGCUACGAAGACGAACGCGAAGGUGUCCCAGGUGUACGAGGGCCGCGUGAAGUAUUACAGGAGCGAGAACACGCUCGAGUUCAGCUCUCUCAUUCCCACCGACGGAGGAACUUAUAGUCUGACUAUAGUCGACUCCGAACUGCGCCAGCUGGUGGGUCAUACUUCGCUCCGAGUGCUGGAACCUGUGGCAGAUGUGACUAUCAUCUCCAACCUCCCUGAAGCAGUGGAAUUCAACAGCACUGUAAUCCUCAACUGCUCUGCAAAAGGGUCUUCUCUCUCGUACAGUUGGAUGAACAACUCUGCUCCCGUGGUGGUGGAUGACAAGCAUAUAGUGCAGAAAGGCAACCAGCUCAUCAUUAAUGAAAUUUUUCGUACAGAUCUCCUAGGCCCAAUCUCGUGCAAAGCUGAGAACCAACUGGAAUCUUCAACUAGUGAUACUUUCAACCUCACCGUCAACUAUGGCCCUGAGCAUGUCACUAAAGCACAAGAGCCUGCUGUUGAUGUCCUACAGAAGGGAUCCAACCUGACAUUGUCAUGUUCGGCUCAGUCCUAUCCUGCUGCUGAAUUCACAUGGCUUAUUAAUGAAGCCAAACUUCUCCAGAAGACUGCAACAGUAGUUCUUUCAAACCUGGUAGAGGAGCAGAGUGGAAACUACAGCUGCAUGGCCUACAAUAGCAAGACCCUGCGCUAUGUCAGUUCAGAGGUCACGGAAUUGUCUGUUGUAGAAGCUAUUUCAGGUACGAACAUCAGUGCGUCUACUUUGUCUCUUAUUGCUGGUAACACCACAGUGAAUCUUACAUGCACAUCCAGGGCAGGGACAGCAGACAGCGUGCAAUGGCAAAAAGAUGGUAAACUUCUGGAUAAUACCGAUCGCGUCAUCUUUAACACAGAUAAGAGCACGCUCACCAUCCUCACUGUACAGAAGGAGGAUGCUGGAGAGUACAACUGCCAACUGAAGAAUAAGAUCAGUAGUGAAGCCAGCAAUUACAAGAUGAUAGUCAACUAUGGGCCAGAGAAUGUGGCAAUAAAAGCAAAAAACCAGGUCAUGAUGGGCCAGUCCGUGCAGAUAACUUGCUCCUAUGCCUCAUUCCCAGUUCCCACAUUUACAUGGAAGUUCAAUGACUCGAUUAUGCAUGGAGAGGAAAAAGAAUGCUUGGAAAUCCCAAAUUUUCAGGACAAAAAUGGUGGCAUAUAUACUUGUGAAGCAUUCAAUUCCAUCACUGGACUCAAAAAGUCUGCCACCUACAAUCUCAUGGUGAAGGAUUCAAAUCCGAAUCAGGAAGGCCUGUCUAGUGGAGCCAUUGCUGGAAUUGUUAUAGCCGUUCUAUUGGUCUUGGCAAUCAUCAUCGGUGUCUGCAUUCACAAGAGGCGAAAGAUUUCAGAUGUUCCAUCACCAUACUAAAGAACAAAAUCUCAAGAAAAAACACCUGGAUCUGCUAGAACAAUUCUUCAGUCAUUUUGUCUUUUUUACCGACAAGAUGAUUCUACUGGGCAGCUGGGAGAACUGCCCUCAUCAGUGGAACACACCUUUAGGGCUGGCCCUCUCUCUUCCCCCACAUCAUGUUUCAACCUCAAUCCACAGAGCUUGUUAAUGCCCACUCAAUUCCUGUCUGGUGGCCCAGGAAACCCAGCACUGAAAUUUGCCCUUCUUCCCACGAUAUUUUGAUCUUGCUGUCCCUUACUGCUCACUGAAGAGAAAAUUUACACUGUUUUCAUUCAUUCACUCUAUCUAGACCUGAGAUGAAACAGACUGCAGUGAAAUAACUUUGUUCCACUGCUCAUCCAUAAUGAUUCUUAAGAAGCUUCGCAGUCCCAAGCUUGGAAGGCAACAUAAAAUUGAAAAUCUGUGCCCAGAAGCACCCAAAUAUCCAUCGCUGGCAAAAGGCAGUGACAACGCAGGGCUUAGUGUCAGUUAUUUACACCUGUAGGUCCACCAUGUUCUCAAUAUAAUUCUCUCAUCUUGUGGUCUUUUUAAUAUGAUGUAUGUCAAGAUCUGACGUGUGAGUAAAAGCAUAAAAGAAGUAAAAAUUAGAUUUUUGUUUGUAUUCACUAGGGGUUGCCCAACUCCUAAUUGCUACAAUGAUUAAAAUGGUUUUAAGCUUGUUAAUGAUUAAAAUAAAUAAUUCAAUGUAAUAAAUGUGCAAAAUAAUAAAUCUGUGUAUUAUAUUGCACUAUUUAAGAACCCACCAGUUCUUAAAAUAUGCCAUUAUGGACCAACUGGUGGCACAGCUGAAAACUUGAUUAAUUCCUUAUAGCUCAGCCUCUUUGAGCUGGCAUGUGCUGUUGAUCUGACUCUAAACUAAGGCUUUCUACAGAUGAUCAGUAUCAAAACAGCUUUGUGCCAGUGAAGCCAUUGUUUCUCUGGAUUUGACACCCUGCCACUGCACUCAAAUUCAACUCAGGCCCAGUUUGCACUCACCAUUUCAAAGUGCAACCAAUAAGAUGAAUCCUAAUAUGUAAUGUAGCAAGGAUGCGUGUUUUCUCUCAUCUUCUCAAUAAGACAACUAAAGCCAGAACCUGUUUUUGAGGUUUAGAUAAAUGUUCAUUCAGAAUGGGCUAUCCAUUUUGAAUAAUCUGUUUUCGAAUGCAUCUUGCUGAUGUAGUGCUACCUCAACUCACACAAGUAAAACUUGGCAGUGAGUGAAAUGCAAAAAAUACUGAUGAUCUAAACACCUCUCCACCUGUCUAGGCAAAGUGAUAUCAAUGUGUUAAUGGUCAAUUAAAGCUUUUCCCAGAAAAGUCAUGUGCAGAUGACUGCAGAACUGACUUCUGACUUAGUCAUCUAUUCUGACACCAAAGUAAAUUUACCUGCAUCAUCUUUACUGUUUCCCCCACCACCACCACCACCCAACUAAUCGACAUCCCUGCAACGGCAACCAGUUAAUACAACCAGUCAAUCGACUAGUCAGUGCGGACACUAGUACUGACUGGAGGCUUUGAUGGAAAGAUUUGACUCUCCUCCAAAAAAUUUUGUUUUGAAUUUUUGUAAUAAGCACGCUAAAUAGUUCUGAAUUGUUUUAGGUUUAGAUUAAGUGAGAUGUCUGGUUUCUUUAAAAGCCAGGGUUUAAAAAAAAAAAAAAACAAGCACAAUGAUGUUAUCUUGGCAAUGAGUUUAAAUUGCGGACACUAAUAUUGUGUGUGUGUGUGUGUGUGUGUGUGUGUGUGUGUGUGUGUGUUCAUGUUCCAUUGAAAAUGAGCAGGUAGUUUUCUUGAGACAGACCUGCUUUCUGUUCUGAAAAUCAUGCCCAUGUAUGUUGAUUAUUCUGGGUUUUUAAAUUAAAUCCUAAUUUUCUUUUUUUUUCUAGCAGUGAAAUUUUGCUCUGUGCCAGCAAUGUUAACUUGGACCUUAUAAUUGCCUACUUCUGGUAUAUAGAGUGACCUGUGACUUUCACAGUUAUUUUUCCCAGGCCAAAGGAUCAGUUUGAUCUGAUAAAUUUGGCUGUAAUUUGAAAGUAAAAGUUGGAUAAAUAAAAAAGUAUAUACUCUAUAGUAUUAAUGUUUUGUGUAUUAAAAUUGGAAAAUAAAUAAAUUAAUGAUUACAUUUUA